AUGAAGGCUCUAUCAGACAUACUUGCACAGCUAAACGAUUGGGUUGAUUGUUUAUCUGUACCCCAAGCGGCUCAAAACAGAAAUACCAUAGAGCUCAAGAAAGCUCAGCUUCGGGGUCGAACACGAUAUUCUGCAUUGCAGAAAAAUAUUAUAAUCUCAGCAUCAAGUAUCUGUAGCAAUUUGGUUGGGAUUUGCAAUACGCCAUGUGCCCGACCCCUUUAUAAAAAAGAGAUCGAUGGUAAACAUACAACUCAAUUUUUCUGGCGAUUGUUGUCAACGGCCUUAGGGCAAGAGAUACCUAUGCUUACGAGCGUUUGA